CACACACACACACACACACACACACACACACCCCGCUGCUCGACUCCACCUCACUCAGCGGGUGUGGGAGGAAGAUCCAGCCCAGCAUUUUCAAGGUUAUCUCCUGCAGGAUACGCCACUCCACUCACGGAUCCUAUGGGGAUUCUGAUCGCUGCCGUGUUUCUCUGGGCUGCCGUCGGAGUGGGAAGCCGACCGGUCACCUCACCCCUUAAUGAUGCAAAGGUUGAAUGUAUAAUCCAGGAGACGCUGAAUGAAGACGGGCUGCAACAUGAGUGCGGAUCCCGGCUUGCAGAGGAGCUUAAUGAGGUGCAGAGACACCAGGGUCUUCUCAGGGAGCUGCAGAGGCUGGCUGACGACGAGAGGGAGCAGGAGGAGAGGGAUGAAAGGGAGAGGGACGAGUACAAUCUGACCGACGACGAGAGCGAGUUUGAGCAGAGGGACGAGGAGGAGGAGCAGAGGGACGGGAGAAAUGAUGCUGAUAGAAGAGAGGACCAGGACACCCGGAGCAAGGCGGUGGUUGAGGACGAUGAAGAGGAGAGAGCCAAAAAGCCAGAGGAGCUGCUCGCCGAAGAGAUUACCGAGGCAAGUGAAAAGGAGAAGGAUGACGAGGAGCUCCAAGAGCUGCUGAGGGAGCUGAAAACGAAGCAAUACAAGGUGAAGGAGAACCAGAGAGGCUCUGAAACCCAGCUGAGGAAGGAGGUGGAGGAGAGGAAGACCACGCAGAGCGCAGAGACAGAGGACACAAAAGCAGAGGACCCGGAGAGGCAGAGGCUGGAGGAGAGGAAAAAGAACGAAGUGGAGCUGAUGGUGGAGAAAGAGAAGGUGGAGAAGGAGCUGAAGGAGCUACUCAGGGAGCGGAACAACGGGAGCAAGCCGGAGCAGGAAAGGGAGAAGAAGGAGAAGCAGGAGGAGCUGGAGGAACUUGUCCAAAAGAUGAAGCGGGUGCAGGAGGAGGAAGAAGAACAGGAGGUGCCGAGCGGGAACAAAGAGGACGGCGCCGAUGAGAAGGUGAAGGGCGAGCCGAGCGAAAAGGAGGCGGGCCGAGAGGGAGGCGGAUCGGACGGCGGAGUCGAGGAGAAGAAGAAAGCAACGGAGGCGAGGGAGCCGCUGCAGAAGAGAGUGAUGGAGAAAGCCAGCGAUGAGGCCACGCGGCAGUUUGAGAGGGAGAGGUACGAGGAAGAGAAGGAGGAGAAAAACGCAGAGGAUGAUGGCGAGGAGGAGGAGUUUGUCGAACCGGAUGAGGAUGAAGAUAUUGAGGAUGAAAGGGAUGCUGAAGAAGAUGAAGGGGAGGAGCUCCUGGAGAUUGAAGCAGAGCUGCGCAAAGUGGCCGCGGAGCUGAGGGAGCUUCGCAGAGGAUGAGCAGCGGGCCCACGGAGCAGGCUGAUCCCCACCCACCUCCACCCUGUUCCGGUCACACAUCACAGUCACACAUCCACCCCCCACCCCCACCCCACCCCCUCUUUUAACAGCCCUCGCGGUCGUCACGGCGCUGCGAGAGACGUCCCUACACGUGAAUCUGUGCGUGGAUGUCGGUAGAAGGUGUGCGUUUCUGUUCCCUCAUGUCUGCUUUUAGAUUGCCGAGGAAAAAUCCUUCUCGGUCUCCUCAGCGGAACGGGACGGUCUUCUGGAGAUUCUGCAGGGCCACGUCCCUCUCCAGCCCCCCCCC